AUGUUGGGGAGCCCCGCCAGCGGGCCGGGGUGUCGGGGGUCCCUGGCCGCAGACCUGGAGGAGGCGGAGGAGCAGCACGCCCAGGCCCUGCGCAGCCACCUGCACAACGUCGACCGCCUGCUGCAGCUCCAGCGCUGCCGCCUGGCCUGCCUGGAGGAGGGGUACGGCGCCCAGCUGGAGGCCCUGCAGACGGAGUUUGAGGCUGAGAGGAGAACCAUCCUCGAGCAGCACGAGCGGGAAAGCUGCUACCUGCGGGACGUGGCGCUGGCCAUGGAGCAGAAUUACGCCAAGAAUGACCACGAGGCCACGCUGAAUUUCCAGAGCGCCCGGGAUGACAUCAAAAACAAGAGCCUGCAGGAGAAGCAGUACAGCCGCAUGCAGCUGGGCGGGAAGGCGGAGGUGCUCUGGGAGCAGUUCCAGCGGGCCAUGCAGAGCUACACGGAGGCCACCGAGCACCAGAAGAUCGCUUUUGAGGCGCUGAAGCAGAAGGACGAGAAGAGCUCCAGGGAGAUAGAGACGCAGGCGAAAAAGCUGCAGAAGCUCCAGGACUCAGUCACAGCCACCAAGGGCCGGAUCGCGGCUCACCUCCGGGAGAGCGAGGAGCAGAACCGGCGCGCGCGGGAGGAGAAAGAAAAGGUCCUCAGGCAGCUCCAGGAGCUCAAGAGCGAGAUGAACCAGGCCAGGGCUAAGGCCCACGGCAGCCUGGCCAGGCUCACCGCGCAGAGCGGCGCUGCCCUGAAGGCGCUGGCGCGGGUGGUGGAGAAGGCCCAGCGCGUCCUGCGGCUGGCCGAGAUGUGCCGCAGGCUGGAGACGGAGGAGGAGAAGGUGCUGCCCUUCUACCCUUCCUCGCUGGCGGAGGGGGAGCAGCGAGACGCCCGCCCGCUCGCCUCGGCCGGGCCCCGGUUAAACCCCCCCGGCCCCCGGCUCACCGGGGAUGACUUGGCGCUUGCCCAGCUCCACCUGGAGCGGGUCCCGGCUCAGCGAGGUGUCGAUGAUCCGGCCAUCUUCCAGGCUGCCCUGCGGGGCACGGGCACGGUCACCCCUGGGGACGCGGAGGUGGCUCUGCCCCGGGGCCGAGCCCGG